CUCAAACGAACGCUGGCGAAAAACAACUACAAACUACAAUCAAGGUCUUUUUAGCGAUCACAAAACACGCACCGCAACGCAACGCAAACCAACCAAAAGAAGCGCUCGCUGGCCUGGCGAUGCAAUUGAAACCGCCCAAGACAAGAAACAUGGCCAGUCUUAAAGAUGAGGAGCAGGCGGCGACCACAAGCAGCAACAACAACAACAACAACACAAAUAACAUAAACAAUAACCACAGCAACAGCAACAGCAACAGCCAGAAUGAGGAUGAGUUGAAAGUGAAGCGGGAGUCUCUGGAGGCGCGUAAGCAGGCCCUGGAGCAGCGCCUCAGCGAGAAGAGUUGGCUGUUGCAGCAGAUGCAGAAGCAGGAGUCGGCCAUCAUCAACGGCAACUACGAGCAGAUGACCAUCAACGAGUUCUUCUCCCAGCUGGCACAGCAGUACAAGCACGAGCAGCAGCUCCAGGCCCUGACCAAGGAGAGCAGCUCAAUCCUGAGGCGCAAGCAGAGCACCACCAGUCGGGAGAGUCGCGAGAGCCAGCAGACCAGCAGCAACAGCAUCAACAACAUCAACAACAAUCGCCAGUCGGAGACGAUGUCAAAUCGCAGCUCCGAGUACGACAACUAUCAGCCAGCUGGGGGCGUGGGUGACAUGCUGGUGAUAGGCGUGGCACAGCAGCAGGCCCAGCAGCAGCAUCCGAUGGUGAAGAGCGCCCUCAAGAAGCGGCCUACGCCAACGCCAAGCCAAAUGCAGUACAUGAGGCAACAGCAGUCCCAUCACCUGAUGAUGCCGUAUCAGAGAUCCCAGCCGGAUGUUAUAUCCAUGUACUCGGCCAACUCCUCGAACGUGGCCACGCUGAGGCAGCCGCCGCAGGUGUCGCCGCAGCAGCAGCCCAUCAUAGUGCAGUGCGACAAGUACUACUUGUCGCCCACGCAUCAGAUCUACAAUGACUGUGGCUUCAUUAAGUCCAGUCAGAAUAUCAAGAAGUACGUGUCCCCGCUGGCGUCGCCAGGCAACCACAGCUACGAGCAGCAGGCGCAGCAUGCGCAGCACAAGCAUCCACAGCACCGUCAGCUAGAUGCUAUCUCCCUGGCCCCCAGCUAUGCAUCGGUGGACAUGGAUGCGCAACAGCAGCAGCAGCAGCAGCAGCAACAGUAUCGCUGGCGUUCCCAGUCCCAUAUCGCCCCUUUGACGCCUCCACAGCUAGGGAUCAUUGAGGUGAAGUCGCAUUCUAGCGACAUGCUAGCAGCUCCUUUGCCAAGUCGCUAUCCGCCGCACGAUGAGAUCUCGCUGUCGUCCUCCUCGACCACCAUCGAAAAGAAGGCCAAGUCGAAACAGUGGCUGGAGUCCUCUCUGGAUGGACCCGCUGUGAUUCGCCAGCUAGACUCUCAGCCACACAGUCCAGCCGGGAGCAGCAGUAAUGGGAGCUGCAGUCAGGCAGCGGCAGCCACCAAACCACGGGCCAAGCUCUCCUCCCAGUCCAUGUCGGUAUCAGGGGCCGGUGUGGGUCGUCACUAUUCCAUGUCUAAUCAGCGGCCAGUGCAAAACUACCCGAGUGCCAGCUAUGCGGUGACCACCAGCUCAAAGGCGCUGCUCAGUCAGUCCACAUCGUAUCUGAAUGCCAUGGAACAGACGAUGGGCAUAUCGGUUUCGUAUCCCCUGGAACCCCUGGAGAUACCGCCAUUCCGCCAGCUACCCCCCAAACCCAAUCAGAUGCAGCCAACACCGCCUCCCAGGCCGCCGCCAGUUCAGCAGAGUCACAACAAUGGAGGUGGGACUGGGAGUGCGAGUGGGAUUGGAAGUGCUAUACAGACAGCGCUGGUGUCCCCUCCGUUGGCCGUUGCUACGGCCAGUCUGUCGCCGGAUAUACGUAUAGAGUCGCCAAAGAACAUGACCGUGGUGCAGCAGGCCACUUUUCAGCCCUACAAGGAGGUGACAAAACCCUUCGAGAUGUCCGACUUCUACAAGUAUUCCACCAAAUUCAAACAGAAGGAGGUCGGAAGACCCGAAUGACCUACAAGGAUAGUCGGAAUCUAUGGAAUAGCCGCAAUUUUGACCCUUUUCAUGUGAUUAACAAAACAAACAAAUUUGUAGACGAAACUACAAAGCAAAAACCGCACAAGAGCUCAACAAAAAUACAAUUUGUUGCACCCCGUUGUUCAAAAAUAAUAUUUA